AUGGCAGCUUAUGCUGCAGCCACUUCUCUCAAGAAUACGAUUCAGCGUAUUCUAGAAUCGUCUCGCAUUUCUCUCGAUUCCCACUCUCCACAAAUCCUACUACCUGCCUACCUCGAGAUGAAUCACUUGCAGAGAAUUCUGCUAUUAUUGGACGACACCAGCUGCUGCAAGAUCAGGACGAAGGUGAAUGCUGUGGAUGAACGAAUCAAAGAAGCAGUUUGGGAAUUCGAAGAUUUACUCGAAUCCCAUGUCUUACAUCAGAUUCUUCCACAGCUCGAAAGCGAGAGAGACAACUUGUCAUUCUCUGUAGAUCUGCAGAGUCUGGAACACCGUGUUGGUUACUUCAUCGAGAUGGUGGAGAUGUUGAUAAUGGAGUUCCUCAUUGAAUAUGAUAACAUGCCUGAAGAAGAAGGCGAGCCUAUUUCCUCAAGAAUUGAUUUUGGAGGAAUCAAGUCAAAUAUGGUUGGAUUAUCUUAUGAAUUUCAAAAAGCCAGAGAUGAUCUUCUUCGAGGUAAAGAUUAUUCGAUUAUCGGGAUGGCGGGUGUUGGAAAGACAACUCUUGCUAAGCGUAUUUUUGAAGAUCCAUCAAUUCGGGGCCGUUUUGAGUUUCGAGCAUGGGUCAGAGUGGGCAGAAAAUGCGAACCCAAUGAAUUAUUACGAUGCAUUCUAGCUCAAGCGGAUCCCAAUGCUUACCAAAUGCUUACCCAAGGAGAUGAUGAGGAGGAGGAAUUAGUUGGACUAUUGAAAGAAAAAUUGAAGCAUAAGAAAUGUCUCAUCGUGUUGGAUGAUGCUUGGGAGGGACAAGCAAUAGAUCGCUUGACAAGUUGCUUACGAGAUAAGAAAAUUUGUGAAAGUGUUCGAUUCUUACUUACAAGUAGGAAACAAAUAGUAUUCGAGGAGGGUGGGUUCCAAAGAGUGCGCUUGUUGAAUGACGAAGAAAGUAAGGAAUUACUCGGUGAGAAGGUGUUUGGCGAAGAGGGUUUCCCUAUUCAACUUGAGGAACUGGGAGAGAAGAUUGCGUGGAAAUGUGAAGGUCUUCCUCUUAUGAUAGUCACGGUUGCAAAGCUCCUAUCAGAAGCCGAUAAGACCCCAGAAUACUGGACUGAGGUAUUCGUCAAACGACAUAGCUCAGUCUUUGUGGAUGCAUAUAAUCAAAUAUCAGAGGUAUUUCUCCCAUCCUAUGACUAUUUACCCCAACAUUUAAAAAUGGUUUUCCUCUAUAUGGGAGCUUUCCUUCCAUAUUGUGAUAUCCUUACAGUCCAGCUCAUUAGUAUGUUGAGUGUUGAGGGGUUUUUUCAACCGAUUGGGGAACAAAAUUUUCAAGAGUUUACGUAUGGUUGCUUGGCAGAGCUUUCUUUGGGGUAUCAUCUUGUUCGUAACACAACAAAAUCUUUGUCUCUAAAAACAACGUAUCGUGUGCAUUCUUGCUGGUAGCACUUGUGUAAGGUAGAAGCUAGUAGGAUCAAGUUUCUGCAUGUCUUACAAAGUUGUGAUGAUGCUACAAUAGACCAACGCCGAUUGUGUGUCCAUUGGACCAGUUUAUUCUGCUUCAAACAAGUGUGUGAUUCAAUAAAACGUGAUUGUGCAUCCACUGCCCGCUCUCUCCUUUGUCAUGGUCCUUUUCACCAAUAUCCAAUCCCAAUACAUGACAUGGGUUUCAAGUUGCUCGGUGUACUACAUGCUCUUGAAGUCCGAUUUUACCAUGUCCCAAUUGAAAUUUUGAAACUAGUUUGUCUACGAUACCUUUCCCUAACAUGCAACGGGGAGCUCCCUCCUUCCAUAUCCAACCUUUUUCAACUUCAAGUUUUGAUAAUUGAAAAACAUGAAUUCAUUAAAAAGCAUGGAGUUCAGUCAUAUAUGCCAGUGCAAAUAUGGGACAUGCAAGAAUUAGAGUGUAUUCACGUCAGGGGAAGCGACCUACCAACCCCUAGUGAUGAUGCUACCUUGAACAAACUCAUCAGACUUAUUGGUGUGAGUACAAACAGUUGUACAAGGGAAGUUCUCAAAAGAAUUCCUAAUUUAGAGGAAUUAGCAAUUGAUGUGGAGUUGAAGCCGUAUGAUGAUGAUGAUGAAACCAACCCAUUGAGUUGCUUGAGUUAUAUCUCCCAACUCCAGAAUUUGUGGUCACUUCAAUAUCGGGUUAGGAAUCCCGAGAUAAAGUAUGAGUUUAAUACUAUUCCUUUUUCAAUGUUUCCAUCAAGUCUCACAUAUUUACGUUUGAGUGGGUUGGGAUAUCCUUGGAAGUACAUGAAUGACAUUGGCUCACUGCUGCCAAAUCUAGAAAGUCUCAUAUUAGAAUGCUAUGCCUUUCGAGGCCCAGAGUGGGAAAUAAAAUCGGGGAGUUUUUUGAAACUUAUUGAACUUCACAUUGAAGACACCGAUUUGGUGGAAUGGAGACCUCAACGUGGAAGCUUCCCGGAGCUUGCAUUUCUAAGCAUGAAGCAUUGCUACAAAUUACAACAACUCGAUUGGCCAUAUGAUCACUCUUGGAUCACGACCAUUAAAUUAGUCGACUGCAAUCCUUCAGCUCCUGCUUGUGCCAUUCAGUUAAAAGACAAGUUUUCCUUUGAACUUUUGGUCUUUUCUUCCUUUUGAUGAGCUUAGCUACACCUCUGCAACUUGCCUAACAGGCAAAUGAGAGAGCCGAAGGGGUCAGACGCCUCAUUAUCCCAUAAUUUCAGAUGUUGUAUUACCAUAUUGUCGUAUGAAUUUAAGGAUAGUGUUGAAUAGUGUUUAAUAUGUAACCAAAAUUGUUGCAAGUUGGAUUUGUUUGAAAGCAUUAGUCCCUUAUUCAAGGAUUUUAAUUUUUCAGAGUUAUGCAUGAUUUUCACUUUGAUUUG